UAUGUAUCACAACAAAGUUUCAAAAACGCACAAAGAAAACUCUUAAAUUUAGGUUUUGAAAAUGUUUAUUUUGCUAUCUUUUGUUUAUUAGAGUACAAAAAGCGAAGGACGUUUCGCCAGGAUGAGCAGCGGCUGGUAUUUGCAACACGUAACCACCGGAUGCCGGCACAUUUUGCACAAGGGGGACAAUUUGGUGGGGCGUCACUCGCGCUGCCGAAUUGUUUUGGCUGGAAAGUACGAAUAUGUGUCCCGGGAGCACGCUAAAAUCAUCGUCAGCGACGAUCGCGUGGUGGUGCAAUCUCUGAACGCCUUGAACGGCAUCUUCAUCAACGAUGGCAAACUGGGCGACAAGAUCAACCGGUUGGCCGUGGCGGAGGGCUCCAUGAUCAGCCUGGGAGUCACGGGAAUCCCGAUCGCUGACGUGACAGGCGUUCAUGCCAUUUUCACCCUCAAGAAAAUGAAGCCCACAGUGGAGGAGAUUGUGCUCACCUCUGAUGACGAUGAUACCCAACCGCUGCCCGCCGUUAAAUCUUCCAGUUGCAAUCAGCCCACAGAAUUCAAUCUCAAACAGCAAGUGCCAGGCUUUGCCAUUAAGCAGGACAUCAGCAGCCAGGCGGAGGAGGAGGAGCUGCCCUCCAGCUCGGGCUUGCAUCUGCCGAAAAUAACGGAGGUCAAGCAGGAAAUGGUCAAUAAAACCACAGAGGACAUAGUGAACAUCUUCGGGGAGCCGGACGAGGCCAUUCUCGACUAUGUUAUGGAGAAGAAUCCGUAUGUGUACAACAAGCUGAACAACAAGCCAGUGGGCGCGGCCACCCCCAGCUCAAAGAUCCACGACGGCGACCAUAUUGUACUGGACUCGAAUGCGGAGACGGGUCAAAUGCCGGAGGGACAGGACCAGGACCAGGAAGUCCUCCAGGACGAGGAGGAGUACGAUGAGCGCUUCGCCAUGUCCCAGGCUGUUUUGAAGGAAAUGAAAGCCGAAAUGGCCUUCAGCAAUGGCGAAGAAAACUUCCUAGAUGACAUAGAUGAUAUGGCACAUGGUUCUCCUUCAUCGCAAGCUUCCGAGGACAUCGUCGUCAUCAGCGACUCGGAUGAUCAUGAGCUUUACGACAAGGUAGCCGACUGGUCCAAGCUGCUCAGCCAAAAGGUCGUCCCGGAUGUCAUUGAAAUGUCGCAGACGUAUCCCCUGGCGGAGGAGGAUUCGAAUUCGGACUCGGAUCUGGAUAUAGCACCUGCGAAACACCCGAGAAGGGCCCUACGUAUGCCGUCCUCCAGUGAGGACGAAUCUAGCGACGAGAUGGCUGCUAUUAAUCAGAAGCGAAAAAGAGGACGUUCUGAAAUCAGGAUUAUUAACGAACGCAUUGUGCGCCAAGACAGCACAACUCCAGAUCCUCAGUCGUCUAAAAAUUGCAAAAUGCGCGUUAGGGACAUCAAAAGUAUUGACCAUGUGAGCUCCACUGCCAGUGAUGAGCAGCCUUUCGAGGAAGUCAAAGCUAAACUAAAAACUUGUUUUAAAACUCCGCCGAAGGUAUUAGUAGACGACGAGGACAAGAAAGCAGGGACCAAGAAGUCCUCCAUCCCCAUGCGACGCAAGUCAGUUGCAUUUCGAGAUGAGGUGGCUGAAUUCAGUGCAGCAAAGCCAAGCACUUGCCGGGAAAUCAAGGAUUCACCUAAUGACAAAGCAGUGACGCCUAAGCGACAACUCCGCAGCCGUUCAAAAUCCUGCUAUAUAGAAUUGCCAAAUGAUUUUAAAGAGCCGCUGACGAAAAAAGGGAAAGGAAAGGAAGUCGUGGAAGAGAAUCUAUGCGAGCUAAGGUCAAAUUGUGUCAUCGUAACACCAAAGAAAUGCGCCGAAACGAUGGAUAAUAGUCGCCAGGAACUAGUGGUUACGCUACAUAGUCCAACUAAACUAGAUGUACCUUCUAAACCUGAGCAGCAGAGUCCCGCCAAAAAAAGUUCACGGCUGCUCAACCGAUGUAAAUCAUUUUCUAUGGACCGCCCUCUGACCACGGAAACCGAUGAUCCUAACAAGAAGAUGCCCAUGGAGUUGUCGCCGACUAAGAGCAAUGCUUCCGGAAGAGUUAAGAACCUCAACGAGGCAAGAUUGACACGCGGACCAUCCGUGAUUGAGGCUCCGAGCUUGACCAAGCACCGAGGAAGGCCGCGAGGGGCUAACAAUAUGGAUAAGGAGAUGCAAAGGGUGAUGGAACGACAGCGUUCGCUUGACUACCAAACGGAAAUGAAGGCGAAGUGGCUUCAAAAGCCAAAGGACAAGAAAAGAGAGGAUGCAAAAGUGAGGGAACAGCGCCGCGAAGCUCUGAAGAAGCUUGCCGAAAAACCGAAAGACAACGAUAACCGCUCCAAAUCCAGCAAGAGAAAGCAGGCAACAAGUGUGCCCACUGGGCACAACUCCAAUCGCGGCGAAUUCCUCACCAGAGGAGUCGAUGGCCCGCCCGCCAAAGUGGCCAAGAAGGAUAACAACGCCAUGCCGCCGCCAAAGAAGCCGAUUCCCAAACGGCGCCAAACCAUUGAGACAUUCUCGCAGCAGCUGCAGGCAGCUGAUAAAGUUGAUAAAGCUGAUAAAGUCAUCUAUCCACAACCACUUUGCCCGCGUGUUGCCCAGCGGAAGGCGGCCGAGCAGGCGAGGAACCAGCGCACCUGCAACAAAGUCACAUUUGCCGAAAUGGAGCAAUAUCAACGAAGGAACGAAGACCUAACAAAGCUUCAGAAGAAACUGAGGAAGGUGCACUUCAGCGAUGUUGUCGACGUACAUUAUAUCGAGUCGGUGCCGGGGGCCAAUGCGCCGGUAAAGAAUCGCAAGGAAAGCAUCAAGCUCUUCCUCAGCACGUAUCGCGAUCGACGCGAAUGGGUGCUGAAGGACAACAAGCCCAAAAACGACAUACGCCAGCACUCGCGGAGCAUCCUUAGAUGGGCCAACCAGUGGCUAAAGCUGGGCAGCGUGGAUGCGGUCGCCAACCAGGAUGUCCUACUGCCCAUUCCGCAUGAAUUCGAUAAUUUCAGGCAGUACAGGGACACAUUUGUGCCUUUGAUGAAGCUGGAGCUGCUGACCACCAUCGAGAGGGACUACAAGAUAAACUGCAUAAAUACUUUCUCUGCCAGUUUGGAGACCGUUUCCAGCCAGGAUAAUUGCUACCGUUUGGUUGCCAGGGUCAGUAGCAAACCCGUUGGCAGAUAUGUGCUGUAUACCCUGUCCAGUGGUAGCCAACUAGACGCCACUUUUGCCAAUCUGAUAGCCAUCAAGUGUGUCGGAGGCAAGGUGUUCGACCUGACAUUUGAUAUCCUGCAGCAGGUUAUAACCGAGGAGCAGAUCAACAGCGUGAAGCAGCUAACCGUCUGUCCGGUUGUGGACAGUCUGCGGGUGGAGCUGGGGGCCUUGAGCGCUGUCCAUCAGCUCUCGCGAUCGCCACUCUGCCGCCGGAUUAUGAAGCCCACGCAGACGGUGAACGAGGUCUCACUGCCCAAGCAGCCGUUCACCUUCAAGGGAUUCAGCCGGAUGAACGAGCACCAGGAGAGCAUUUGCAUUCGCACCUACCAGCGGGUGAUCGACGACCUGCAGCCCAGCCUCACACUGAUCCAGGGACCGCCCGGAACGGGCAAGUCAAAGGUUAUAUCGGAGCUGUGCCUGCAGAUUCUGUACGGAAAUGCGGCCAGGAUGCUGGACCGCAAGAUUUUGAUUUGUGCCCAUUCCAACACGGCAGUGGAUCACAUUGUAGGACUGCUGGGUGGCGUUUUGCGCGUGAUGAAUCACGACCGCUUCCACCUGCUGCGGUACGGAAUGCACGAGAAAAUGAGCCACUACUCGCGUGCCUAUUCGCUGGAGGAGCACUUCAAGAAUGCCAACUUGCAGAAGCUGCAGCGCCUCAGUCCGGAGAACACGGAAAUCCUGAAGAAACAGCACACGGACUUGAAGGCGGAGAUCCAACAGCUCAGGCAGAAGCCGAAUCUCAAGGUCACCUAUCUGCAGCAGAAGUUGGAGGAGAAGGAGCGUCAGCUGCAGCUGAUCGCCGAGCAACUGAAUCCACCGCUGACGCAGCGCGAGGAGUUUGAGAUCUCGAAAACCUGUGUGGAUAGGGCCAACAUCGUCUGCACCACGCUGUCCUCCUGCGUGAAGCUGGCCAACUAUGUGGAGUUCUUCGACAUCUGCAUCAUCGACGAGGCCACCCAAUGCACCGAACCAUGGACGCUGCUGCCCAUGCGAUUUGGUCUAACGCACCUGGUUCUGGUCGGCGACACGCAACAACUGCCGGCGGUGGUGCUGUCCAAGAAGGCCAUCGACUUUGGGCUGUCCAACUCCAUGUUCGAUCGCAUCCAGCGGAGUCUGCAGCAGCAGCUGGACAAACCGGGCGGCAAUCAGUUCGUGCACACGAAGCUCUUCAAGCUGAGCAUGCAGUACCGCAUGCACCCGGAGAUUUGCCGCUGGCCGAAUAAGUAUUUCUACGAGGAUCAGUUGGUGAAUGCCGAGUGUACGGGGCGUUUCGCCGCACCACUGAUCCCCUACUGCGUGAUCAAUCUGAGCUACACCCAGGAUUCGAGUGGAGCUCACACCAAGAGUAUUAGCAACGACGAGGAGGCUCGCUUUGUGGCCAAACUGCUGACGGAGAUGGACAAGCACAUGCCCAGCAAGCGCUACAGCUAUGGUCUAAUUUCGCCGUACCAAAAUCAGUGUUAUGCCUUGAGUCAGGUGAUUCCCAGCCACAUAAACGUAACGCCUCUCACGGUGGACUCGUACCAGGGACUGGAGAGGGACGUGAUCAUCAUUUCGAAUGCCAGGACACGUGGCUGCGGCUUCCUCGCCAACUAUCAUCGACUCAAUGUGGCGCUGACCCGACCUCGUCGUUGCCUGGUCAUAUGUGGCAACUUUGACGACCUACAGUCUGUGGAUAUGUGGCGGCAGUUGCUCGACGAUGCCCGCCAGCGGAGGGUUUACUUUGACUUGAAACGCGAGCAUAUCGAUGAUCUACAAAGUUCGCUGAUCGACAAACUGAUGGUUAAACCCAUUGACAAAAGUUAAGGCAAUCAGCUAAACCGAGUUGAAGUGAUUGAAAUGGUCUAUUAGCUUUAGGAAUGCUCCAAGUGCCAACCCAGGAAGAGAAGCGCUUCCCUUAGGAUUAUAAACUAGAAACUUGUUGUUUUUUUUUUUUCUUUUUUGUAUUAUUUUAUCUGUUAUAUAUUUA